AAAAUGAUAUUGGGUAUACCAGAUUACAUAAAACAUAUUACGAAGAUUCAUUUGCUUGUUAGUACUUCUUUAAUGUGGCUUUAAAAAUAUAAAAUUACAAAUGUGGCUCACAUUACAGUGGACAUUGCUGAUCUAGCCCUACUAUAUCCAAUCUUAUUUUCCAUUCCUUCCUUCAGCAGGGAAGUUUCUGAGGGUCAGGAAGGAGAAUCUGUACCUAACUCCUUGAACACCAAGGGAGGCAUGGCUGCCUGGGUCACUGAAUCUUGGGAAACCAAAAUGAGACAUAAUCAGCUGUGUUGUGAGACACCGCCUACUGUCACUGUUCAUGUAAAAUCAGGGUCAAAUAGAUCACAUCAGCCUAAAAAACCCGUUAAUCUGAAGCGUCCUAUUUUUAAAGAUAGUUGGCCAGCAUCUGAAAAAAAUGCACAUAAUAGCAACAAGUCUAAACGCCCCAAAGGACCCUGUCUAGUUAUACAGCGACAGGAAAUGACUGCUUUCUUUAAAUUAUUUGAUGACGAUUUAAUUCAAGAUUUCUUGUGGAUGGACUGCUGCUGUAAAAUUGCAGACAAGUAUCUUUUGGCUAUGACCUUUGUUUAUUUCAAGAGAGCUAAAUUUACCAUAAAUGAGCAUACCAGGAUAAAUUUCUUUAUUGCUCUGUAUCUGGCUAAUACAGUUGAAGAAGAUGAAGAAGAAUCCAAAUAUGAAAUUUUUCCAUGGGCUUUAGGGAAAAACUGGAGAAAAUUGUUCCCUAAUUUCUUAAAAUUAAGGGACCAACUCUGGGAUAGAAUUGACUAUAGGGCUAUUGUAAGCAGGCGAUGCUGUGAGGAGGUUAUGGCUAUUGCCCCAACCCAUUAUAUAUGGCAGCGGGAACGCUCUGUGCAUCACAGUGGAGCUGUUAGAAACUACAACAGAGAUGAAGUUCAACUGCCCCGAGGACCUAGUGCCACCCCAGUAGAUUGUUCACUCUGUGGUAAAAAAGGAAGAUAUGUUAGACUGGGAUUGUCUUCAUCAUCUUCAUCCAGUGAUACAGUAGAGGUGAUGGAGAAACAUUCUCAGGAAUCACACAAGUCAAUGGACAUAGUAGUCAAUCCUUCUCAAGCUUAUAGCUAUUCUCAAGAUAAGGAAACUGAGACUUAGAGAGGUUAAAUCAUUUGCCCAAAGUGGAGCGACAUUUGAACCCAGCCAACGACCAUCAAUCAGACAAAGAAAAGAAAACUAAUUUUAUGAAGAAAGACAAAUCUAUGGAGUGGUUUACAGGAAGUGAAGAAUGAAAUGGCUCAACUAAAC